AUGACUCCCCUCGCCGAGGCCGAAGCCCAGGCCACGCCCGCCCGAGCGAUCCCCACGCGGUUGCCAGAGACUCACCCGCAGCGGCUACCCAGGUCGGGCCCCGUGGGGCGCCAGCUUCCCCUACCCCCAAUUCCGCGUCUCCUCUGGGCAUCGGGAGGGCCCAGAUCCCGGGGCCUCUCCCUUGUUCUUCUGAGCUCGCCAGCGGUUCCUUGGACCUGCGGCCCCUCUACCGGUGCGAUUCGCCCAUCCCACUCCCGCCGUGGACGAGCGUGGGAGGGGGCUAGAUUCCUACACACCACCCACAUACCUCGGGAGGGGGACCAGCCAGCCGAGGCCCCCGUCCACAUUCCGAGUAAAUGGAGCUCCCCUAACCAGGAGGGCAAAACCGAGCGGCGGCUGCCAAAAACCAACGAGCACGCUAAACAGGCCCGACGUUCCCCGCGCCCGCCGGAACGUCCCCAGUCCACCUCAGGGUCAAGGUCUGCCUCCCACCCAAUCCGAUCCGGCUGGGUGCCCGGGGGCCUCGGCCGCCAGCCCCGGGGUUGGGCGGCCUCCGCUGGGAGUUUAAAGGACUACGUGGCUGUUUACCUGCCUCUGCGAAAAAGAAGACGCUCUCUGCUCUGCGGCUGUCAGCGACUGGCAACUAGGGCGGGUGAGUCGUCAGGCGGAGGAGGAGGUGCAGGGGCGGGGAGGCGACGGCGCGCGCACGCUCAGGCGCACCCGCUGCCGAUGCCCGGGGUUUACUGGCAGACCCAGGAAUCUAAGUCCCUGGGCAGAACGAGUUGA